GUGUAUGUGUACGAUACACAUUCUUGUCGCGAGUGUUUCUUCUUUGAUGCACACACAUCGCGACAAGGCGGGCGAGUUUUACCGGUUGCGCGCGCAUCUGAUUUUGUGUGCAGAAAAAUUAGCUUUAUUAUAAUUAUGCGUUUCUCGUAGUCCGCACACACCAGUGACGGAAGAUACGGAAAAUAAUAAAAAUGUUUUCGUAGCCUCGUCCGCGAGGCUGUGAACCAUCGCGUGUGUUUCACGCGAAUACAAUAUUGAAAAAUCGUCUAAAUAUUCGUCCGAAUACGAUAAAAUGAGCUAAGAAACGAGCAAAGAUGCUUGUGGCGUUCGUACCGACGCCUUCCCUGAGUGCUCCGAGCUCCGAGAGUGUCUAUUUUUUUCGGUUCAUUUUUCAAUUCGCCAUUCCGCACACUGUCGUUGAAUGUCAGUGUUAUUCAACACAAUAAUCACAAUCGACCUAUUGUCCUGUCGUCAUAUUUUGGCUUCUACGGUGGUCCUAUCGCUAUAAUUGUACUCGACCUCCACUUUUUUCUCUCACCUGAUUUUUCGAUACCUCCUUUACUAUGGCCUAUGCACCCAUUCCCAAUAUCGUCACUGUACACACUCCAAAAAUAGGCUGCAAUGAAUUAUCAAUGAACACGCUCAAUGAGAUAUUAAAUUCGGAAUCAGUAAAACGAUUGCUCAAUAGGCAAAACGUUUACCUGCAAACACCAUUGACAGAUGGCUCAGUGGCUUCUGAUUUAGCCUUGUCAAAAAACUCUUAUGAAAAGCGAAAUGGUUCCAUGGAGAGCAAUACUAAGGCAGAAACAAAGCCAGAAUUGUCAGUUAUACCAAUAUUAAACUUAAGUGAAAAGGAAAAAUUAUCGAGGAUAGACGCAGACGACCAGCAUUUAUUGCCCUCAAAGACUGAGGGAAAAUCAGCUAUUGCUCUCUUGCCACUCAGAAGAGAAAAUAAAAUUUGUGGUCAUAGCGAAGAAUGUGAAAACCUGAUGUGCACCGUGGACAUUGAACGAUUGGUGAUAGGAGAAGAAAUAACACCCCUGAUUGCAAUAAACUUGGAAUCAGAGGAAGAAAUCGAUGCACCGGUCUCGAAACAUUGCAAAGAUGAUAAAUGCGAUGCAUUGAGCAUUGAUCAUGAUCGUUGUCGAAGAGCUGUAAUAAGAUGUAACCGCUGCGAUCGCUCAUCUCGCUGUGACAUUUGUCUCGUCAAUUUGAAGACUCGUAAAUCGAAAAUGAUGCAUAAAAAUUGUAAGCUGCGGCCCGAGUACAGACACAACAAAACCAGUCGAACUCAACUGAUGAAAGACAGAAUGAGAAUGCGAGAAUUACAGAUAUUGAAGUCUACAAAAACCAGAAGAAUUGAUUAUAGUGACCCGAUUAACGGGCAUAAUCGUGCUUUCGAAAGUUUGCAAAGAAAUUCCGAGCUCAUUGUCAUACCAAAAACUAGCUUGUCCAUUCAGCAUCAUCCAACCAUAAGAAUUACUUCGGUUACCGGUGCUACAACACCACCGAAUACUUCUCGGAGGGAUAACUAUGGAAAACUGUUGCCCCGUUAUCCAUUCUUUCCAGGACAAAAACUAGUCGUUGGUCAAUCAGCGGGCAAUGAUUCCAAGGAUUCUCCAGGAAAAUCGAGCACUCGUAACGAUCCUAAUGUACCAAUAACGUCUCCCAGAGCUCAACAUUUUAUUUCCAUUCGACGGAGCGGAAAUACCAGACAAAAUAAUGAACCCAACGAUUAUUCUCCAUCGCAACCACAAACUGGUUCUUCCUCGACUCCUUAUUUGAUGCCUAUCCGUGUCGUUCCCAUCAGCGGGCUCACAAUGGAAUCCCCUCUUUUAACUCAGGGAGUUCCAAAGUUUUGUCUUGUUUCUCAGACUCCCAAUCAAACGAUGAGUUUCGCAAACACUCCAGCAAAGAUUUUGCCUCAAACGAACGAACGAAUGAGAGGUCAAGCGGUUGCGAACAAAAUAUCAAGGAAAGCCGAAUCCGAAUUUACUUUAAAACGAUACAAGUCUGGCUUGCGACGUGGUAGACGAAAAAAAAAUGGAGCCAAACGAGCCAAAUCGUUCGAAUGUAACUUCUGCUCGAAAUCAUUUAGCACCGACUGGUACUUCAAACUUCACAUUGCCAAGCACAAAGGCGAAAUUAAAUUCACUUGUAAAUAUUGUAAAAAACCAUUUAUGCAUCAUUGCAACAUGAGAAAACACGUGAUGACGAUGCACAAACAGGAAGCAGCUGACGACGACGACGAAUACGCCAACGCUGAGGACGAUAACGCCGAAUUUCUCCAUUGCUUUAAUUGCAAAGUCGUAUUUAAUUCGAGAAUUGAAAAAGAAAAUCAUCGCUGUUCGAUCGUUUGUUUACGGUGUCACGCGAGAAUCACCGAUGGUGAUUUGGCUAAUCAUCUCAAAACUAAACACGAGAUGUCCGCAACAAAAGUUCUAGAAGAAAUUGAACGGCAAAAACGACAGAAAAUUAUGUUAGUUCAGAAUCGUGACAAAAAAAAGCGUGAAUUUAUCAAGCAACAAGCCCGAGCUGUCAAAACGAAAGAAUCAACGAAGAACAAACUCGUGGAACGUGAAAAUGGUAAUUUGAAGAGGAAAAAAGGCGCUUCGAAUUCAAACGAUUCACGAGGAACGAAACAGGAAGCAAAUAAAAAUCAAAUCAAAAUGCCCGUACGACGAUUGACUCGGAGAAGAAAUCAUAAUUUUGUUGACCAAUCAGACACUCCAGAGACCGAUGAAAAUCUCGAAGAAACUUCACAAACCGACUCAUUGACAGAAUCAACUCCAGGAGCAGCUGACGCAAAUCUCAUAUCCCGAUGAAAUUCGUGAUUGGAUUUCCCAUAGUUUCGAUAAACCCAGCGUAACCGAAUGUCCAGACUCGUUGACUUCAAGAUUUUUUUUUUUUCUACAGCAGUGAAUUCACGCAAUCGCUUAACAUUUAGAGCAUUUUGCUCGAAAGUUGGAAGAACUUUUUUCUAUCCCCCUUUCCCUCAAAUAACGUAUUGACAAGUUAUCUUUUGGUGAAGUCCAAAUGUUUUUUUCACUCAUCAGGAUUUUUUUACUAUUGCUAGUUUGAGCUUAUUGAUCACUUUGAUAAGUUCUUCAAAUCAUUCACACCUUUUACCCUAUUCCAUUCUCACUCACGAUUAUUAUUUUUUCUUCAAUACAAUUUUCUAGGAUUUAAUUUUAGUACAAUAAAAAAAUAUUUCAAGAUUCCUAUGGAAUUUUGCACUUGAAUCGCAUAAGGAUUUUUUGUGAAUAGCUUGUCAUAUUAUUGCUCUAAGACUAAAGCUAAAAUCAUCUUUUCAUUACUUUUUUGGUGAUAUUGAUUUUUACGCUUCUUUUCGGUACAAAGCACUGAAUAAAUGACAAAAACAUGUAACAUAUUUCAUAUUUCAGCAAAUUUAUGAAAAAUCGGAUCAAGCACAUGCAAAAAAGGAAUAUGCAAUUAUUGCGAUUAGGUAGUGAUUUUUUUCGUUUUCUUUUUUUUAAAAAAAAAAAAACAAAAUUUCGUGUUCCUGCCACGAUCAUCACAUCACUAAAAAUUGUGAUAUAUUUAUAAGAGUUGUGUAAUUUACCGUGUUAGAUUUAUUUCACACCGAUGUUACGCAAUUAAGAAAAAAAAAAGAUAGAAAGACAGGAGUGUACGAAUAAGAAGAAAUUAAAAGGGCUUAAUGUUACAAAACGUAAUUCGGAAGAAACAAAAUACAAAUUGUGCAGACAACGUUCCUCAAUCGAAAAAAUGAUUCAUUAAAUCGAGUGCCUUGCCAUAAGACCUUUAUUAUUUAAAGAAAAGAAACAAAUAUUUCGUGUGAUAAAUUUUGUACAAACUAAUACUUUCAAGAAAUUUUCUGAUCAAGCGAGAAUUCCUUUGAGCAUGCUUCAACAAUGUUUUCAGCAAAAAUCAUAUUCACCCAUUUCACAUUUUACGAUUUACAUUUUUUUUCAUCAUUUUUUCCAAAAUGGUUAGAAAUAAUGGUCAGAAAAGGAUGAAUUUACGAUUGUAAUAGUUUUGAUGAUCACAAAAACAGUAUUAAAAUACGCCCGAAUGUUUUUUUUCCAAGUGUUUCACACCAUUUAUAAGAAGAAUCAAUAAAAUUUUUAUGUCGCA